AUGAAUUUUGUGCCUCAAUCAGCACCAAGUUCGUAUUCUACUUCAUAUUAUGCUCUUGGAUUUCCAACAGUUAAAGUAUUUAAUGCUUUUCUUGCAACUAUUCAAAAGCAGAACGAAAGAUUUAAGAAAGCAACAUUUACUUUAGAUCAAAACAAUAAGCCUUCAAAAAUGUACGACCCUAUAAAAUUUUCAACAAAUUCGAAUAUCAGAGAAUAUAAUCUUUACAAAUUUGACAACUUUGUAGUUCAAUUUUGGGAUAAUUUAGAUAUAAUACCAUCAAAUUGCGUUUUAAUCAAGAAAAAUGAUUAUAACAACUCAGUGCAUGAUUUGAUAACUCAAAAUGCAAUUGUUAAAAGGCAUGAUAGACAAAAAUUAAAAAUACUUGAUGCAGGAGAAAAUUGGUGCGUUAUGACUGACCGAGAUAUGUCACAAAUCUCAGGUGUAGAUCUAUUUCAGCCGAAUUCAUACAACAAACUGCUUUAUACUAAAGAUCUUCCAAUUGAUAUCGAUUUAAAUUACAUAGUGGAACUAUUCUCAGAUUACGGAUGCAUCUCUGCUGAUGUUGAUGAGAAAAAUAAAUGUUUCAGAUGCGUUUUCAAAAAUGACGAAACACAAAUUCAAAGAGCAUUAAAAGACUUCGAAGUAAAUCUUACAGAAGAGAUCAAGUCAUAA